AUGUCCAUCCAGAAGAGAAACUAUAUCCAGCAGCUGGCUGCUGUGAUUUUUAUCAAUGAUAAAGAUCCAACCAUUCACGCAUUAUAUAAGGAGCACCCAUUUAGCUUGAUCAAACCUGUUGAAAGUUGGCUUGGAAAAAAGUACAAUGCUGCCAACAAAGGUCUUGGCCAAACAGGGGCUGGAGUGAAGUCUAUCAAGGAGCUGGAUGCAGACCCUCAUACUAAAAAUCUUAUUGCUCAGCUUCUUCUGCAAUUUCCGUGGUGGUCUGACCUCCAUGGAUGGUGGAGAACGAAUCCAUUCUAUAAUACAGCAUUUUUGACAGCAGACCCUGGUCAAGAUUUUGCCAGCGAGGCACUCAAAUUUUUUACUAGAGCUCUGCAUAAUAAAGAUAAAGGUAGUGGUGAGAUGGAUCUUGAUGAUGAAGAUCUAGAGCCAGGAGAAAUUCUCAAACAACCACUUGGUAGGAAGGAAACACUUGCUGGAGCUUCAUGUCCACCAAUUGAAAGUGAUGAUAAUCUCUAUGGUGACCUCAGCCAUUUGAACAAACCCUCAUUUUUGCAGCAUCGUACCCAUUCUUGCAUCCCAUCACCUCAAAUCUCAGUCACAGAUUUAUUGUCAUUAGAUUCACCAAGUUUGACAACAUCACCAUUGCCCCCCUUAAAUCUUCGCCUUGAUCACUACAGCCAUUCACCUUCAUAUCCUGCUGUGGCUUAA